AUGGUGCACAAGACGGUCCUGCUCUGUGCGUUCCUGGGGUUGGCGAACGCUGCCCGACUCGAUAAUCUCUACGGUGCUCCGGCACCAGUCGCGUCCUACCAGGGCGGUGCCGGUGACGGAAACCUGCUCAGUGCACCACGGCGCGAUGGUCAGUUUGGUGCGCCCGCCAACCAAUACCUUCCGCCCACGGCUGGCGGUCCCCAAGGAUCCCAGGGUGGCUACCCAUCGGUAGCUCCCCUAAGGCAGGGACAGCCGGGCUUUAACGCGUACAACCCGCAACCGUCGGGAGCUUCGUACGGGGGCUCAAGUAACGCGCUCCAACCGAGUGGACCAGCAGGCGGAAGCUUCCAGGGCAACUUCCAGCAAACCACCCCCAUCCCGAUACUGCGCUACGAAAACAUCAACAACGGCGAUGGCAGCUAUCGAUUCGAUUACGCCACUGGUAAUGGUAUUCAGCAUCAGGAGGAAGGAUUCCUGCGUAAUCUUGGCCCAGAGAAAUCGGAACAGGUUGUCUCGGGCGGUUACUCCUACACCGCUCCCGACGGUCAGCUCUACAGCGUACAGUACAAGGCGGACGCCAACGGAUUCCAGCCCGUCGGAGAUCAUCUGCCAACCCCACCACCACUGCCACCAGCACUGCAAGAAGCUUACGACCUGCAUGCCCGUCUUCAUGCCGAAGCCGCCGCAAGACCGCAGAACCCCGCGUACCAGGAACCCCAAACGCCAAACCGUCAGUACGGAGCACCGCAGCAGGGAGGACCCCAGCAGGGUUCGUACUAUCCUCAGCCCCAGCAGCAGCAGCAGCAACCGCAGCCCCAGUAUCAGCAGCCCCAGCCCCAGUAUCAGCAACCGCAGCAACCACAGUACAACCAGCAGCAGGCGCCCCAGUUCCAUUCGAGCUCCCCGAACGCCAUCCAAGGCUAUCCCUCGGCACCGGCAAACCAAUAUCUGCCACCGAACAAGCGGCAACAGGGUUUCAACCCCAACACCGGCUACACUUACUAG